GCAUGGAGAUUGUGGACUGAAGAGAGGGCACUCGAACUGAUAGAUACAUUAGUUGAGGACUCGUGCAUUUUACCUGAAAUAUUCAGAUGCAUCCAUGUGGGUCUCUUGUGUGUGCAACAUCUUCCAGAGUAUCGACCAAACAUGUCAUCAGUGGUUCUAAUGUUGAGCAGCGAGAGCGUAUUGCCUCAGCCGAAGCAACCAGGUUUCUUGAUAGAAGUACAUAAUGAAGCUCAUCCCUCAUCAAGCAACAAUGAAUCUUGUUCAGCCAAUGAGAUGACUGAUACAUUUUUGGAGGCUCGUUAGCAGAACGGACUAAUCAGCACUGUUAAAUAAGUAAUAGUUUGCUAUUUCAGUCUUUGAAAGUUCAUCAUCUAUUCGAGUCUGAUAUGUUCGGCUGAGUCAUAUCCAAUUUGUGGAACUUUCAGUCCAAUACCAUUUUAUGUUUUAUGUAAAUCACUUGUCUCAUUUGACUCGUGGUAAACUCCGAAACGUCUCAAUCAAUUCGGUUAGAUCGAGUCAUUGUCAUAAACUCGAAGUGUAUCAACCCUUAGAGUUAUGCUACGUUGUGAUAUGACUUGAAUUUUUUAUAGUGUUCAAACGCUUUUUUAUCCAUUAUUUUGUAUGCAUC